CAAAAUGUAUUAUCGUCUUAUAAUAAUUUUAAUAUUUUAUUUGAAUGCUGCUACCACAAAAGCAGGCGCGCCGGAAGUUUGCAUUGACUCAUUGGGAUGCAUUGAGGGCAUUUAUGAACCUGGAAACGAAGUUGAAAGAUAUGCAGCUUUCUAUGGCGUGCCAUUUGCUAAGCCGCCGAUUGGUGAAUUAAGAUUUAAAAAUCCCGUACCAGUUGAGCCAUGGAAUGGCACACUUCUAGCAAAAGAGCCGCAUACAGAAUGUAUACAAAGGAAUUACAUUAUAACUCCCCUUAAUACAACUGGCGAUGAAGACUGUCUUUAUUUGAAUGUGUAUCGACCUGCGAAUAGUUCUGAUGAAAACCUGCCUGUCUUGAUUUAUAUACACGGUGGUGGAUUCUUUUUCGGCACUCCAAAUCAUGAAUUUUAUGGUCCUGAAUAUUUUAUGGAUACGAACCAGGUUAUAUUGGUGACCAUUGCUUAUCGUUUGGGUCCAUUUGGUUUUCUAAGUAGUGGUGACGAGCACAUGACAGGUAACUUUGCAUUCAAGGAUCAGAAUUUAGCCUUGAAAUGGGUGCAAUCGUAUAUAUCCGCAUUCGGUGGUGAUCCUUCGCGUGUUACCAUUUUCGGUCAUAGUGCUGGCGGUGUGUCUGUCCAUUUUCAUAUGCUAAGCCCUGCUUCACAAGGCUUAUUUCGUAAUGCUGUUCCAAUUAGUGGUGUUGCAAAUACGGUUUGGGCACAGCCAAUUGACCAAAAGGCGCAAGCCAUUCAAUUAGCCACAGCUGCUGGAAUUACAAAUGCUUCCAACAUAUCUUCUAUAGAACUUGCUAAUGCUUUGCGUAAUUUACCGGCAGAGCAAUUGAUGGAAGCUUGCGAUGCAUUGAAAAUUUGGUCCAUUUAUCCUUUCAUAAGUUUUCGACCCACCAUUGAAGAUGCAUCAUGGCCGGAGCCAUUUUUAACAACCAACGUGCGUGAAUUACUCGAUAAAGAGCCGCCGAAGACAGUGCCAUGGAUUGCAGGUGAUACACCGUCGAAAGGCGAAGGCAUCAUCGUAGCUACAAAACUUGCUGCUGCUGCGAAUUUGCAAGCUGAGUUUAACGAAAACUUUGAUGACUUAUUUAAGCUACUCACAAAUUUGCCUGCUGACGAAUCGAAUGAGGUCAACGAUGUGGUAGAACGUUUAUUGGCAGAAUAUAUGGGUGGAGUUCGAGAGUUGAAUAAUGACACAUUGGAUGGUUUCUUAGAGCUUUUAGGUGAUUCCUACUUCGUGUAUCCAGCAUACAAAGCAAUUGCCGAUAAUGUGGAAUCUAGUAAUGGAACAAUUCCUGAAGGAUAUAUACUGUUCAAUUAUCGUGGGCCUUACUCAUAUUCAGAGCUGUUUACGGGUAGCACAAAAGACUUUGGGACUACCCACAUCGAUGAUUCAUUAUAUCUUUUCACCUCGCAAGAAAUAGCACCGGAUGGAUAUGCCAAAUCGUCGGCAGAGGCUGCGUUGGUAAAACGAUAUGUGGAAAUUUAUGUGGAGUUCGCUAAAAACGGAGAAGUUGAAGUGUUCAAUAAAAUACAGCCCUGCACUAAAGCACUGUUUGAAAAACAAGGCUUUUGUGACUAUUUGUCUAUCGUCAAAGAAGAAGAACCAUUCGUGGUGGACAACGCAUGGAACACUGAGCGCAUGCAAUUGUGGGAAUAUGUAUAUAAAACCUUUUAUUGAGUUGUAAUCAAAAUAAAUACAAGACUGGUCAGUAGUGGUUUUGAUGUCGAAGAGUUAUAAUUCUACAUAGAUUUUUACUUGUACAUAAAAACACUAAUUUCCAUAAAAAAAUGUAUUAAUCAUAAUAGCAUGUGUAAAGGCUAUUCAAUCGUUAUGAGCGAACAAGUUUUGUGUAUUUAUUUAUACUUGUAAAUAUUGUUUAUUUUUUACUUUUGUUAAGCC